AUGCCCCGAUCCGCCGCCCUUCGCGGCUCGUCGCCACUCUCCCCCUGCGGCCCCUCGCCGCCCUUUCACCGGCGGCCCCGUCGCCGCCCUUGCACGGCCCUGACGCCGCCCUCCCUGCGGCUCUGUCGCCGCCCUCUUCAGCGGCCCGUCGCCGUCCCCUUUCAGCGGCCCCGCCACUACCCCUGCAGCGGCCUCGUCGCCGCCCUUUCAGCGGCCCCGCCGCCUCCUUUAAGCGGCCCCGCCGCCUCCUCUCCGCGGCCCCGCCGCCUCCUCUCCGCGGCUCCGCCGCCUCCUCUCCACGGCCCCGCCGCCUCCUCUCGGCGGCCCCACCGCCUCCUCUCAGUGGCCCCGCCGCCUCCUUUAAGCGGCCUCGCCGCCUCCUCUCGGCGGCCCAGCCGCCUCCUCUCAGCGGCCCCGGACGCCGCCCUCUCAGCGGCCCUUCCGCCGCCUCCUUUGCGGCCCCGCAGAGCCGCCCAGCAGCAGAGCCGCCGAGCCGCCCAGCAGCCGAGCCGCCGAGCCGCCCAGCCGCCCAGCCGCCCAGCCGCCGAGCCGCCCAGCAGCCGAGCCGCCGAGCCGCCCAGCAGUCGAGCCGCCGAGCCGCCCUGCAGCCGAGCCGCCGACCUGCCCAGCAGCCGAGCCGCCGAGCCGCCCAGCAGCCGAGCCGCCGAGCCGCCCAGCAGCCGAGCCGCCGAGACGCCCAGCUGCCGAGCCGCCUACCGCCCAGCUGCCGAGCUGCCGAGUCGCCCUGCAGCCGAGCCGCCCGAGCCGCCCUGUCUAGUAAGAGCAGCGCCUCUGUCACUGCACUGCCCUCACCCUACUGUUCGCGCUGCUAGUCUACUGCUGUCAUGGCUACCCCUAGUGUCCUCGCUUUUGACGCUGAGGAUAGAUGACCUGCAGCUUUUCUUACAGUGCGAUAGGGCGGACGGUCUCUCUCUCUUUGACCUCACCUCUGGUUCCUCUCCUGCCCCUACUACUGAUGCUGACGCCACUGUCCGCUCACAGUGGGCCACGCGCCAUGCUGCUGCACGUCUUGCUGUGCGUCGCCACCUGCCUACCUCUGAGCGUGCGCACUUUAGCCAGUACAAGAGUGCUCAGACCUUGUACGACGCUGUAGUUGCACGCUACUCCUCCCCUGCCACUGCUGCACUGAGCCGCCUCAUGCUACCGUACCUCUUCCCUGACCUUGCUGCCUUUCCCACAGCCGCUGACCUCAUUACGCACCUCCGCACUAGUGACACUCGCUACCGCGCUGCGCUUCCUGCUGAGUUCUGCGCCAAGAACCCCCCCCCCCCCCCAUGUACAUCACUCUCUACUACAUAG